CAUAAGAAGUCAUAAGUCCCUACUUAUCUGACACGUGUAUGCCGAAUGUGCACUCUUCACCUUUCAGCAUUUCCUAUUCAACACCUUUAACAAACAUAUAAAUACACAUUUCUCACAGACAUAAAAACACUUUCUCCCACAUCAAACACAACCAGAUCUAUUGCGUUAAAUUCCAAUUAUAGAUCUAUAAGCUUCUAGAAACAGAUAGAAGUAAUCGGAACCUUCGCAUUGCCAAUGGAGGAGAAAUUGGUACAGCGAUUGGAAUCGGCGGUGGCGCGGCUGGAGGCGUUAUCAGCCACCGGCUUCCGUUCCGGCGGUUCCGUCGUGGCAGGUGGCGAUGGUACGGCGGUUUUAGAUCCGUCGAUUAUUGCAUUUGACGAUCUACGGUCGCAGUUUCUUUCGAAGGUUUUGAGUGCUGCAGAGAAGAUCGGAGGACAAGUUUUGGAUGUUAGUAAGAUUGUUGAGGAGGCUUUUGAAGCUCAGAGAGAACUUCUCAUUAAAAUCAAGGAGACUAAGAAACCAGACAACUCAGGUUUGGUUGAAUUUCUCAAACCAUUGAAUGAUGUGAUCGUGAAAGCUACAAAAAUGACUGAAGGACGCCGGUCUGAUUUCUUCAACCACCUGAAAUCGGCUGUUGAUAGUCUAUCGGCUCUAGCAUGGAUUGCCUACAUUGGAAAAGACUGCGGAAUGAGCAUGCCUAUUGCAUUCGUGGAAGAAAGUUGGCAGAUGGCUGAAUUUUAUAAUAACAAGAUUCUUGUGGAGUUUAAAAACAAAGACCCAAAUCAUGUUGAAUGGGCAAAAGCUUUGAAAGAACUUUACCUCCCUGGAUUGAGAGAUUAUGUUAAGAGUCACUAUCCAUUAGGUCCUGUGUGGAGCGCUACAGGGAAACCUGCUGUAUCUGCACCUUCGAAAGCUCCUUCACCAAGUGCUCCUGCUCCUCCAGUUCCCCCUCCAGCUUCUCUCUUCAGCUCUGAAUCUCCUCAGGCUUCAUCAUCGCGCCCCAAGCAAGGGAUGUCUGCUGUCUUUGAUGAAAUUAAUUCGGGAAAGCCAGUGACUUCUGGAUUGAGAAAAGUAACAGAUGACAUGAAGACAAAGAACCGUUUCGACAGAACCGGCGUUGUUAAUGCUGGUGAUAAGGAAGCUCGCAUGAGCUCACCCCCUGUCUCUAAAACUGGACCUCCAAAAUUGGAGCUUCAGAUGGGCCGUAAAUGGGUGGUUGAGAAUCAAGUUGGACAAAAGAACCUAGUUAUUGAUGAUUGCGAUACAAAGCAAUCAGUAUAUGUCUAUGGGUGCAAAGAUUCCGUUCUGCAGAUCAAAGGAAAAGUCAAUAACCUCACAAUUGACAAAUGCACUAAGAUGGGAAUUGUAUUCGCGGGUGUUGUGGCAGCUUGUGAGGUUGUCAAUUGCAACAGUGUAGAGGUGCAAUGUCAGGGCUCGGCUCCUACAAUAUCAAUCGACAAUACAAAUGGAUGCCAGUUAUACUUGAACAAAGAUUCUUUGGAGGGUUCUAUUACCACAGCUAAGUCAAGUGAAAUCAAUGUUUUGGUUCCUGGUGCAGGGCCUGAUGAUGAUUGGGGUGAGCAUGCUUUGCCACAGCAGUAUGCUCAUGAAUACAAGGACGGACACUUUGUGACUACUCCUGUCUCCCACUCUGGAGCUUAACUGGUGAAAAAUUCUACAUCCAGUUGUUUUGACUUUUUUUUUUUUUUUUUAAAUCUUCUGUUUACCAAUUUUAUAAAUUGGAGAGUUGAAAGAUGGUCAAUUCCUUUCUUUCUUGAUUGUAAGUUAUGUUCUGUACCUUGUGUCUUUUUCCUGAGUUCCUGGUAGAGUUUGUUCAAAGUAAGGGGCUUUGUUAUUUUUCUGUUGUCACAUCUUUUUGUUAUUUGUACCAGAGCUUGACCUUUCAAAGCUUUCUCUUUCUUGUGGAAUAUUAUAUAAUUUCCACAGCCCAUGUAAUAUUCCAUUCAGUGUUUCUAAAUAGAGAAGUCUUAAUCAGUUGGAAAACUGUGGUUCACAAUGAAAUUGUUCCGUUAAGCA